AUGAGGAGGAGCACUAGAUAUUCCUUGAACCUGUUUUGGUUAUUGCCACUGUUCUUGGUGUGGACAGUGGUGGCCCUUGACCUGAGGCAAUCGCCGUGCACCACCUUGGUCCAGGGCAAAUUUUUUGGAUACUUCUCUUCUUUUGCUGUCUUCCCGUUGAACGCUUCCCAUUGCUCUUGGAUUAUCCAGAACCCUGAUCCCAGGAGAUACACAUUGUACAUGAAGGUUUUGAAGCCCUCAGGUCUCUGUGAUCACCAGCAAAUACGCACAUACCAAUUUGACUCUUUCUUGGAGUCUACCCAGACCUACCUGGGCAUGGAGAGCUUUGAUGAUGUGCUAAACCUUUGUGACAGCUCUACACGCUAUGCCUUCCUCCAGUCAAACAAGCAGUUCCUCCAAAUGAAGCAGACUGUUUCAAAACUGGAAAGUGGAUGGGUCAGGUGGAAACCUGCCAAGAUUCAGGAAAGAGACUUCUCAGUAGAAUAUCUAGUGGUCGGCAACAGAAGUCCCAGCAAGGCCGCCUGCCAAAUGCUAUGCAAAUGGCUGGAUACUUGCUUGACCACCAGCAGCGGCUCACAUCCUUGUGGCAUCAUGCAGACCCCGUGCUCUUGUUUCAAUGGAGAGGUAUUGGAUCAACCCAGUGAGAUUCUUGGCUUAACCAAAAAGCAGGACAAUUGUUUUAAGGAUGGGAUUUACUUGGAGAAUUGCAUGAGUGGUGCCAAGGACACCAGUGGGCUGGAUUUCAUGGGUGGAUGGAACCCUUGGUCAACGUGGGGAGAAUGCACCAAAGACUGUGGAGGUGGCCUUCAAACUCGGACCCGAACUUGUCAGCCCCUUCCCGAUGAAGGUAUCAUCUGUGAGGGAGUCUUGGAAGAAGGGAGAUUAUGCAACAGGAAAGCUUGCAACCCUAAUGGACACUAUAACUCCCGGAGUCAGUCUCUACGGUCUACAGAUAAUCGGAAAAGAGAUGAUGCGGAAGACUUCCAGCAAUAUGGCUAUCCUGCACCUCAGAUAGGUGAUCCAGCGGCUGAGGAGUGGUCGCCCUGGAGCGUCUGUUCGACCACCUGUGGGGAGGGCUGGCAGACUAGGACUCGGUUCUGUGUGUCGUAUUCCUACAGCACCCAAUGCAGUGGGCCCCUUCGGGAACAACGGCAAUGCAACAAUUCAGCUGUCUGUCCAGUCCAUGGCAAUUGGGAUGAAUGGUCUCCAUGGAGUCUCUGUUCGUCAACUUGUGGACGGGGAUAUAGGGACCGCACCCGGAUAUGCAAACCCCCGCAGUUUGGUGGUAGCCCUUGUGAAGGCCCAGAGAAGCAAACCAAAUUCUGCAAUAUUGCCCUUUGCCCGGGCCACUCAGUGGAUGGCAACUGGAAUGCAUGGUCCAGCUGGAGCUCCUGUUCCACCUCCUGCUCGAAUGGCACCCAGCAGCGGACAAGGGAGUGCAACGGGCCCUCGUACGGCGGAGCAGAAUGCCAGGGGCACUGGGUGGAUUCCCGAGAUUGCUUCCUUAGACAAUGUCCAGUGGAUGGAAAAUGGCAAGUCUGGGGUCCCUGGGGAAGCUGUACAGCCAGCUGUGGAGGUGGAACCCAAAAACAUGACCGUGUCUGCUAUGGUCCUUUCUUUGGAGGAGAUCCAUGCCAAGGUCCCAAAGAGGAGCACAAGCAAUGCAAUGAACGAAGGUGUCCAGAACCCCAAGAAAUCUGUGAUGAAGAUAACUUGGCCUCUGUGAUUUGGAAGGAGACACCGGCUGGAGAUGCAGCAGCUGUCCGAUGUCCCCGUAACGCCACAGGGUUGAUCUUACGGCGGUGCUUGCUGGAUGAAGAAGGUAUCGCCUAUUGGACGCUGCCAACGUAUGUCAAGUGCGUUUCCAUAGACUACAGGAAUAUCCAGAUGAUGACAAGGGAGCAUCUUUCAAAAGCCCAGAGGGGGCUUGUAGGAGAAGGGGUGUCAGAAGUAUUACAAAACCUGGUGGAGAUCUCUCAGGAUGGAACGAGCUACAGUGGAGAUCUGUUGUCAACCUUUGAUGUUCUCAGGAAUAUGACUGAGAUUUUCCGCAGGGCAUAUUAUAAUCCCACCCCUAGUGACAUACAGAACUUUGUCCAGGUAAUUAGCAACAUCUUGACAGAAGACAACCGGGACAAGUGGGAAGAGGCUCAGCUGAUGGGGCCCAAUGCCAAGGAACUGUUCAGGCUGCUUGAGGACUUCAUUGACGUCAUUGGCUUUCGCAUGAAAGAUUUCCAGGAUUCCUAUCAAGUGACUGAUAAUCUGGUUGUCAGUAUCCAGAAGCUGCCUGUCAAGUCAGCUAAAGCUAUCACUUUCCCUAUCAAAGGCUGGCGAGGAAUGGUGGAUUGGGCCCGCAAUGCAGAAGACAAGGUCACCAUAUCCAAAAGUAUCUUCUCCACAGGAGUCUCAGAGACAGAUGACUCUGCCGUCUUUGUGGUGGGGACGGUGCUUUAUCGCAAUUUGGCUGGGAUCCUGGGCCUUCAGAGGAAUACCACUGUACUGAAUUCACACAUCAUCUCCGUGACUGUGAAACCAGAACCCCGGUCACUCCUUGCCCUGAUGGAAAUUGAAUUCUCCCAUUUGUAUAAUGGAACUACAAAUCAGACCUGCAUUGUCUGGGAUGAAGCUGAUGUACCCUCCUCCUCCUCCUCCCUCACCACCACCUCCUCCUCCUCCUCCUCCUCUUCCUCCUUCUCCCCCUCUCAGCUUGGUGCCUGGUCCUGGCGUGGCUGCCGAAGCGUCCCCGUCGAUCCCUUCCGAACUAAAUGCCUCUGUGACAGAAUCUCUACCUUCGCCAUCUUAGCCCAGCUCGCUGCUGACAUGAAUACGGAAAAAGUACUCGUCCCUUCGGUCACGUUAAUCGUCGGCUGUGGGGUGUCUUCCUUGACGCUCCUUCUCCUGAUAAUCAUUUACAUUUCAGUCUGGAGAUAUAUCCGCUCUGAACGUUCAGUCAUCCUGAUCAAUUUCUGCCUCUCCAUUGUAUCUUCCAACGCUCUCAUCCUGAUUGGUCAAACUCAGACUCGGAAUAAGGUGAUUUGUACUUUGGUGGCAGCCUUCCUCCACUUUUUCUUCCUCUCCUCCUUCUGCUGGGUGCUGACAGAAGCUUGGCAAUCAUACAUGGCUGUGACUGGCAGGCUACGAAACCGGAUCAUCCGUAAACGUUUCCUGUGUCUCGGAUGGGGUCUCCCUGCCCUGGUGGUUGCUAUCUCUGUGGGAUUCACUAAAGCCAAGGGUUAUGGCACCGGGAACUACUGUUGGCUCUCUUUGGAAGGAGGUCUACUGUAUGCCUUCGUGGGACCGGCAGCUGCUGUGGUUUUGGUGAACAUGGUUAUUGGCAUUCUGGUCUUUAACAAACUUGUAUCCAAAGAUGGAAUAACAGAUAAGAAACUGAAGGAACGGGCAGGUCAGAUGGCAGUGCCCCUUUACGGCAUCACGCUCAAAUGUUCCAAGUGUGGAGUGGUGUCUUCUGCUGACGUUUCGGCCACAGCCACCAGUAAUGCCAUGGCAUCCCUCUGGAGCUCUUGCGUAGUCCUGCCUCUGCUGGCCCUCACCUGGAUGUCAGCAGUUCUGGCCAUCACCGACCGUCGCUCAGCUCUCUUCCAGAUCCUGUUUGCAGUUUUUGACUCCUUGGAGGGCUUUGUCAUUGUGAUGGUCCACUGCAUUCUCAGAAGAGAGGUGCAGGAUGCUGUGAAAUGCCGAGUUGUGGAUCGUCAAGAAGAAGGAAAUGGCGAUUCUGGGGGGUCAUUCCAGAACGGCCAUGCCCAGCUUAUGACUGAUUUUGAGAAAGACGUGGACAUGGCUUGUAGAUCAGGUGAGCACCUAACAGUGCUAAAUAAAGACAUCAGCACGUGCCGCACCAUGACCAUCACAGGGACCCUGAAGCGUCCAUCACUGCAGGAUGAGGAGAAGCUGAAGCUGAACCACCAGAAGGGUUCAUCGAACUUCAACAGUCUUCCAGCCAAUGUCUCCAAAAUGCAUCUCCAGAGCUCCCCACACUACCUGGGAGCCAUCAACCUCAAUGACUUCAACAACCACACUCUUACUAUGAAGAAGGACAAGAGCCAACCUCCCAAAUCCAUUUACAUCUGUGAUGGGGAUAUCUUCAAAAAGCUGGAUUCAGAGCUUUCACGGGCACAGGACCAAGCCAGAGACACCAGCUAUGUCAUUCUGCCCACCAACACUUCCACCUUGCGGCCCAAGCCACCACCACCGCCGCCGCCGCCACCGCCACCACCACCGCCACCACCACCACCCAAGGACGAUACAAAGUACAGCAUCAACAUCGACCAGAUGCCACAGACAAGGCUCAUCCACCUCAGCAUGGCCACAGAUCCAGGCUUUGUGGUCAAGAGCCCCCCAAGGGAGCCUGCAGGGAUCAGCUGUGGGGAAGUGCAGGUUUCCUCAAUAAAGCAGCAGCAACAGUUAUCUCCUCCGUUGGUCAAUAAAUCCACUGACUCACAGAUGCCAAACAGCUUGUAUGACACGGGCAAGUCCAUUAACACUGGAAUUGUGACCAAGAAUGAGACAGUCUCCACUCUCUCCAUGAGCUCCCUUGAAAGGCGGAAAUCACGGUAUGCAGAACUAGAUUUUGAGAAAAUCAUGCACACAAGAAAACGUCACCAAGAUAUGUUCCAGGACUUGAACCGGAAGCUGCAGCAUGCAGAGAAACAGAAAGAAUCUCCACCAAUGGAUAGUAAGGCUAUGAAAAGAUGGAGCGUUUCUUCAGGUGGAAGUGAUAAAACUAAUGCUAGCCAAGAGAAGCAGCAGACACCAAACAAGAGACCUUGGGAAGAGCUCCGGAAGGUCCACUCACCACCAGCAUGGGUCAAAAAGGAGAUGGAGUCUGAGAUUCAGUCUCCCUUAGAACUCAAAACUGUGGAGUGGGAGAAGACAGGCGCCACAAUUCCCCUGGUGGGACAGGACAUUAUUGACCUCCAGACAGAGGUCUAAGGAGGAGAAGAAGAGAAGAGCAAAGAGACUCUUUGGGUGUUUUUCCUCACCCCCCUGGAAAACAAAAUAAGAACAAAAUAAAAACAGGUAGGAUUUUUUUAAAAAAAGAAAGAAAGAAAAUGAACCCAGGAGAUGGAAUUAAAAUGCAGAGAGCAGAGGCAACUGAUUCCUCGCUGAAAUGUUAUUGCUCCAAGGCGGGAAAUAAAGUGUGAUCCUGGUAUUGUCCUCUGUAGACAGAGAUGGGGAAACGAUUCCUUUUUAGAACACAGUAGCAGUAGUGAAGAAUGAAACACGGUCUUUCCCAGGUAGCAAAGGAGGCCACAACGAAAGGAAGGUGGCCAAGGGGAAGGGAGAAAAAAUGGGGAAAAAGAGGAUUAAUAUUUUCAAAACAUUCUUAGGGGAAAAAGGAUGAUUAGAGCAAUGAAUGAAUGUCAGGAAUGGAAGAAAUGGCAAGCAGAAAGGAAACUUCAAUGGAAAACAAAUCAGAGAGUGGAUCACUGGUUGCACACCAGUGGG